AUGGUCUGGAAGUUCCUUCCCCAUCUCAAUACUCCGUCGGAAACGGACUACAACAACGUCUACCAGAGCCACCCCAAAUACGCUCCUCCGGUGGUAACCGCUGCGGUAUCGGACACUGAUGAACACAGCAGCUCUGAGAAAAUCACCGCCGAGGACUCGGACAUUGUGUCUGUGGCUCUGGGCGUGACCGAGGAAAAAGAGCUCGAGUACCGAGACGAGGCGGGCCGACCCUGGUGGAAGUUCUUUGAUGAGUACGAGUACCGUCUUAAUAAGCAGGACCGAUCUGGCCAAAAGUGGUUCAAGUGGUUCGACGAAAACGAUACUCCUGCCGAGCGAAAACUCAUCUGGAAACUCGACAUUCUGCUCUCCUGCUACGCCUUUCUCAUCUACUGGGUCAAGUUCCUCGACCAGACUAACCUGAACAACGCCUACGUUGCCGGUCUCUCUGACGAUGUCCAUUUCAAAGGCAAUGACCUGGUCAACACUCAGGCCAUUUUCUCCGUCGGAGCCAUCGUGUUCCAGCUCCCCUUCAUGUUUCUGCUCCCCAAGGUCCCUCUCCAUAUUGUUCUCCCUCUCCUCGACUUCUGCUGGGGUAUCAUGACUCUGUGUCAGUACAAGAUGAACAAUGUCGGAGGCAUUCAGGCCAUGCGAUUUCUUGUUGGAGCCUUCGAGGCCUCUCUUUAUCCUGCUUUGCAUUACCUGCUCGGAUCGUGGUUCAAGCCCAAGGAAAUCAACCGACGAGCUGGUUUCAUGUACCUCGCUCAGUUCUUCGGAGUGCUCACCUCUUCUGUCAUCGCCGCUGGAGCCGUCAAGCAUCUCGACGGCGUUAACGGGCUUGAGGGAUGGAGAUGGCUGUUUAUCAUUGACGGAAUCAUCACCAUGCCCAUUGGUAUUAUCGGUCUGUGGAUGAUUCCUGGAACCCCCGAGAAGUGCUACUCCAUCUUCCUGUCCAAGGAGGAAGUCGUGCUUGCCCGAGAACGUCUCAAGGACCACAAGGAGCGAACCUCCGGCGAACCCCCCAAGCCAAAGUACUCCUUUGGUGAUCGAGGCAUGUGGAAAAAGAUCUUUUCCUCCUGGCAAAUCUACGUGCUCUGUCUCGAGGGCAUCUUCUGCUGGAACAACAACAACGGUACCUCUGGAGCCUACCUUCUGUGGCUCAAGUCUCUCAAAAACUCCGAGGGCGAGCAGCGAUACACAAACUCCAAGGUCAACGAUCUGGGAGCCAUUACCCCCGGUCUUGGUAUGGUCUGGAUUGUACUCACUGUCGGCAUUGCUGAUCUUUUCGGAUCUCGAUGGGGAGCCAUUGUCUUCACCCAGCUAUUCAACUUCACUGGUAACACGAUUCUCGCCGUCUGGGACGUUCCCGAGGGAGCCAAGUGGUUUGCCUGGAUGCUCCAGUACUUUGGAUGGGCCAUGGCAGCCACCAUGUACUCCUGGCUCAACGAUAUCUGUCGUCACGACCCCCAGGUCAGAGCCAUCAUUCUCAUGAUCAUGAACAUGAUGGCCCAGACCUCCACUGCUUGGAUUUCCGUGCUCGUAUGGAAAACCUCGGAGGCUCCUCGAUACCUCAAGGGUUUCACUUUUACUGCUUGCUCUGCCUUCUGUCUUAUGAUCUGGACCAUGGUCGUUCUCUACUUCUACAAGCGAGACGAACGACAGCAUGCCAAGGAGAACGGUAUUGUGCUCUACAACUCGUCUACAGGUGAAGGUCUGGAACAUGUGCCUGAGACGAUUAUCGAGGUGAAACCUCAUGGCGAGAAGGCCGCAAUCAAGAGCCAGGCUGUUUCUAUCCACUCUGCCUAA